AUGAAUGCAACUCCCCGACUCCGGUCUGGGUUUCCAACAACCCCAGCCACGACCGCACGACGACAGAUUCCUCAAGAUACCCCGAGCACUGUGGGAACCGUUUCUUCCACAACCAGUGCUUCCAGGGUCAAGCAGCAAUCUCUGCCUCAAGCUCCUGAAAAUGCGCCCGCCAAGCCUGGUGGCAGCCAGCCGUUGAUACCUUUGACAGUUCUUGACGCGCCCUCCCAGCGAUUCUACGCCUUUGCUCUCUAUGUCGGGCUAUUAAUAUGGAAGCUAUACAAUUGGGUGGCUGUGGUUGAGGAGGGCGAAGGUUCUUGGAGCAUGUUUCUGAAGUGGAUCGUUAUCGACUGCGUCUACUUCUUUGCUUUGCCCGAGCUGCGAAUACCAUGGCUGGAGCCGUCUCAAGCCGUUGUGACAUCCAUCUACCUCGCACAUGUGGUUGCGAACUGGUUCCUCAUGUUCCUCGUCCCUGUUCCCUUCUUUUCAUGGCUCCUUGCUUUCGCCAAAGUCUUGUACGAUCGCGAAAUUUCCGUUUCCGAACACAACGUUAAAGUCUCGAGUUUGCUCAACAACCAUUCGCUCAUCAUGGGCAAGCAAAUUAUCAACAUUUUACCUGAAGGGUCUGCAGUGUUGAACCCCGACCACGAGCCGUUCUGCAUCCCCCCUGCAAAGUCGAGACAGGGUAUCUCGCUACCGAUAUACUUCAAUGCCACGGUUCCCGCCGAAAUCGAAAUCGUUCGAACCGACAUUUUCACCAACAAGGAAGAGAUAAUCAAACUCCCUAACCGGGAGGUGAGCAAGCUGGCCAAGCUUGUUCGGGAGCAAAAUGCCGAUCCCAGCAGUGAUGGUUUCCGGUGGGAAUACCCUGUCAAGAAGACUGGUAUUUACCGACUGGGAAGAGUCCUGGAUGAGUACAAACUGGAGGUCCAAAGGUCGACCAAGGAUACUUACGUGGUACCCUGUCCCGAGGCACACUUCCGGGCAGCAGACUCAGCUGCAAGAUGCAUUGGAGAUUUAUCAGAUCUUUCAUUACAGGUCAUUGGCUCACCCCCUCUGAAAAUCGUCUAUAGUCGGGCCAUAAAUGGCAAGAACCGCAGCUUCCACUUCCAGAGUUUGCAGCCUGACGGCUUCUCCUCCCCUCUGAGCGGUGUGUCGACACCUUCGGAGUCAGAUGAGCAGGAUGGUCUCGCUUGGGUUCGGCCGUCUAGAAUUUCCGUCGCCCUGAACGAGUCAUUGACCCCUUCUGGAGACUGGCAAUAUACCGUUGAUGAGGUUCAUGAUGCUUUUGGGAACGUGGUCAAGUAUGGGGAGCCUGACAAUCAGCCAUCAAAGGUCAAGAACCAGGAACUAUCUCAUAAAUUCAUGGUCAAGGAGCGUCCCAAGAUCCGCAUGGAGGGUUGUGAUCUCAAGAAUCCUCUCAGGAUUGCAAAGGGUCACUCUGCGCACCUGCCAGUUGAAUUCAGCUUGGCGGGCCCCCUGGAUGAUUCUUCCCACAGCAUUAGCUGGGCCUUUUCCCCCAUCAGCAGUCUCACCGACAGCGGAGAUCACGGUGAUGAAGUCUCUUUCGGCAGCCAUGUCGCCCAGAAUUCACACCAGAUAAAGCCUUCCGUCUCGGCCCCUGGACUGUACACUCUCAAGUCUGUUUCCACUGGACAAUGUGAGGGUCAAAUUGAGGAGCCGUCCUCAUGUUUGGUUCUGAACCCUCUUGAACCUCGACUGGAGCUUCGGUCUGAAGAAAUCUCUGAUAAGUGUGCUGGCAACUCUAUCGGACUUCGUGUCGAUUUGGACCUUGUUGGAACCCCACCAUUCGUUGUACGAUAUGAGGUUACUGAUGAUGAUGGCAAGACAAGGCUCAAGAAGCAUGUUGUGGAGAGAGGCCUGCGUUCCCAAAUUGAGCUUGUACCUGACACCGCCGGGCGUCACACAUAUGUGUUCAAGUCGAUUGACGACGGCGUGUAUAAGAAUGUGCCACUUACGGGACAAGACAAGGUUUUGGAGCAGGUUGUGAAGCCAGUAGCGUCUGCUUUCAUUGCUAAGCGCCAUCCUGUGGUCAAUGCUUGUCUUGACUCGGAAGUAGAGACCGAUGUUUACUUGGGCAGCGACCCUCCUUUCACUCUUGAAUGGGAGAUUGUUCACGAUGGCAAGCGUAAGACGCACCGUGCUACGGGCAUUCAAGAACCCAAGUAUACGAUCAAAACCUCACCUCUCACCAAAGGAGGAGAGUAUGUCUUGGCUUUGAGCAGUGUUCAGGAUGUCCGAGGUUGCCGGACUUUCUUGCAAGAUCAACUCAAGAUCAAUGUACGACGACAGAGGCCAAGAGCUGCCUUCGGUCUCGUUGAGCAGAAGAGGACCAUCAUGUCCGUUGAGAAUACUCCUCAGAGAUUGCCUCUUCGCCUUCAGGGUGAAGGGCCAUGGGAAGUCAAGUACAGGAACCUCAACUAUGGAGGAGAUGUUAUCACCAAGUUUAUCAAUGGCGCCAACGACUACCUUGUAGUCAAAUCUAGUGGAGUCUACGAAAUUGUCGAGGUAUCUGAUAACCAAUGCGUUGGAAGUGUUGAUCCUAAUGCAUCGACCUUCGAGGUGGGAUGGUUCCCUCGCCCCGAAUUAUCCUUGAUCGAGUCUGAAAGCAUCCGUACCGAGGCCGGUACCACUUUUAUCAAGCAAGAUGUUUGCGAAGGAGAUAUUGACGGAUUUGAGGUCAAUCUUAAGGGAUCUCCUCCUUUCCACGUGGAUUAUGAAAUCAAACAUAAGCCAGCCGCGGGCUCCGGCUCUCUGGGCCGUAAGAACUUCGAUGCAGCUCUGCAUAAAGCAGCGAUCUCUAUGGAUACUUCGAAAGCUGGCGAUUAUGCAUAUACCUUCUUUGGACUUGCCGAUAACCUUUAUGACAUCGACAAGAACUUUAGCCCCCUCAUUGUCAAGCAGCAUGUAAAUGCAAAGCCUUCCGCUUCAUUCUCCAAGGCUAGUCAAUCGUUCAAGUAUUGUAUGGAGGAGCAGGAGCAGGAGGAUAAGAUCCCCAUCAAGCUUACCGGUGUGGCACCCUUCUAUAUCGAGUUUGAAGUCAAGCAUCAAGCUGGCUCUCCCCCUGAGACCUUCAGCGUUCCUGCUAUUAGCUCUUACGAUUAUGGUAUGCAGAUUCCACGACAGCACCUCCGCCUUGGAAGUCAGCACAUCCGCAUCCGUAGUGUGCGCGAUGCUCGCGGAUGCCAGCAGAAGUAUGAAAUUGGUGGGCCAUCUGUCCAAAUCCAGCUCUAUGAUGCUCCCUCAAUUUAUCCCCUCGAGACCCGGAAGGACUUCUGCGUGGGCGAGCGUAUCGCCUAUACCCUGUCUGGUACACCACCUUUUGACAUUACCUAUGACUUCAACGGGCGCUGGAAUGCCAAGUCCCAGACAACUAGUUUCCGUCGUGUUGCCGAGAAGCCUGGUGACUUUAUCAUUACUAGUAUCUCUGACAAGGCCAGCGAAUGCCGCGCGACUGUGAACAUCCCGACCAGGAUUCAUCCUCUUCCCAGUGUCCAGAUCAGCCAGGGCAAACAGUCUCGGGUCGAUAUUCAUGAGGGUGGCGAGGUACCCAUUCAGUUCGAGUUCUGGGGCACACCUCCCUUUGAAUUCACCUUCACGCGAAGCUCCAACGCGAGAAAGGGCCAGAAGAGCGUUGUCUUGGAAACGAGGCAUGACGUCUCGUAUGAUCACAAGAAGAUCAUCAAGGCAAGCCAGGAGGGUACGUACGAGGUGGUUGCAAUCAAAGACAAGUACUGCUCUUUCUCAACCCAGCAGGUUGUGAAGAGUGAUAGUCGGUAA